UGUAACAAAGCUAAAACUCAAUGGUGGACUUCAACCAACACCCACUCUGCUACUCCGCUGGUUUUUGUGUAUAAAUCUUUCAUUAGCUUACUACCUGUUAGUUUGAAGCAGAAUUUAGUUAAUAUCUUCCAGCAUUUUAUUUCAGACGUAGACGAAUGCCAGAUGAGCACUCACAAUUGUAGCGACAAUGCCACCUGCAUCAACACCGAAGGUUCCUUUAACUGUAGUUGCAAACCAGGGUACAGAGGAAAUGGUUACAACUGUACAGGUUGGUGCUUUUAAAACUCUUCUCCUUUUUUUUAUAUUUUUAAGGAUUUUUUAUUGAAAAAAAAAACAAACAAACAAACAAACAACAACAACUUACAACAAAAACAUUUUUUAUCGCUCGUCUGUGCUCAGUCAGUCGCGUGCUAAGGUUUCUGCAGGUUUCACCAAUGUAGGUAGCCUGCAGUCGCAGCAUUUGACCUUGUAUACUGCUCCCUGUCUCUAUUCCGGUUAGUUUUUGUCCCGGACAAUCAUUUCCAACCUUCUUAUGAAAUGAAUAGAGCUCCUAGGUUCAGACUUUUCACGAUUAUAAGUAACGUAAGGAACUACAAUGAGAAUAACAGACAACAAACUUUUAAAAACUAUUAUAAAUAGACUAGUAAUAAGAACAAUUGACUUGAAAAAAGUGCUUCUGGCCUAUGUGUUAUGGUUUUACAGCAAUGAGGAAUUAGUAACGAAUUCGUUACAAUGGGGACUAAGGGGUAUGUAGUAAAUUCGAGACUUUCCGAGAAUGGAGAUUCGAGACCGAGACUUAUAACAAGCGAUUUAUUAAUUCCAAGCUCGAGACUGGAAAAAUCUGAGCGGGAGACUCCAAGCGUCAAAAAUUUCUAGAUAAUGGUACUAAUAAAGCUGAACAAAAUGUCCGAAAUCGUAACUGGAAGCUAGCGAAAGCCCACCGCUAUACUCCUUUGUCUUGUUUACUGAUUUAUGUCUCUUAUUUACUGGCUCAGUUUGGUAAGCUGUGGCAUACAUAAACUCUGAAAACUUCGACUCCAGAAGACCGAAAAAGAAAAAAAAAAACACGACAAAUCCGAGACUCCUAGACCCGUUGGCAUAAAAAUUCGAAACUCAGAGGGCAAAAAAUCACCCUAAAACGAGACUUCGAGACCCAUCUGCUUCCGAGAUUUUGAGAUCGGCCAAAAUUUUUUGAUAUCCAUGCCACGUUUUUUGAAGUACCAUCAGGAUUCUAUAUCCCUAAACUAGGACAAUGAACUGACAGAAGAAAUACAAUUUUAAAAAAACUAGUAAUCUACGUGUUACGAAGAUGAGAUACAAUCAAAUAAAAUUUCGAAGGCAGGUUAAACAACAACAAGAACAACAACAAAAAACAAUAAGUGCUAUAUCCCUUCAGCCUCAUGAAAUAUUGCACUCUCCAUGCACAGUAAUAACAAAAUCACAGGGCGAGCUCUUAAACAGUUUGUAUCGAAUUCCCAUUUCAGGGCUUUUGAGUAGGUAAAAAGGUAUAAAACAAAAAAGGCCGAAAGUACUGUUAAAAGUACCUUUCCCUUCUUCUUCUUCUUCUUCUUCUUCUUCUUCUUCUUCUUCUUCUUCUUCUUCUUCUUCUUCUUCUUCUUCUUUUUUAUUCUUUUUUGUAGAUAUUGACGAGUGUGCCAGCGGCACUGACGACUGCCACAGUUCAUUUGCUUCAUGUACAAACACUGUGGGAUCCUUUAGUUGUACAUGUAACAGUCCCUACAAUGGAGAUGGAAGAACUUGCAAUCUACCGGCAGGUAAUUAUUAG